AUGAAUCGCUACGUGUUCCCUGCCGUGUGCGGACUGGGCUUGAUCGGCAACGUCCUCAGUCUCGGGGUCCUCCUGCGCACCAGGCUCAGGAAGUCGUCUUAUAUUUUACUCUUUGCGCUUACAUUUUCUGACACAUUGGCCUUGAUUUACCCGCUGGACUUCACGAGGCUCCUUCUAUAUUACGGUUCUGGAGUCGCAUCUAUUGGCUGGGCGUUUUCUGAAGAGGGGGCCUAUGCUCUUUACGUCAUCAACAAAAUAUUAGAAUUCCUUACAAAUCUCGGCGGCUACUGUUCAACAACGCUUCCCGUCGUCAUCAUGGUGGAACGGUGCGUGGCCGUUUUUUUCCCGUUAAAAUUUAACCGUCUCGUAACGGCGAAGAGGGCGUGGAUUGUCGUGUUUUGUGUUUAUUUAUUCUGGCUGCCCUGGUGUCUCAACGCAGUAUUUUUCACAAAGUUCUAUUACUUGCGCUUAAGCGGCAUCAACGUUGGUGUGCCAAUCUUAUCCUCAUACUAUUUAACCAAUUUAAACAUUAUAGAAAUCUGCAACAAAUAUUUCUUCGCGUCUCUGGCAUCCUGGGUCCCUGUUUGUCUCGUCGUCAUAGGAGCCGUCAUACUUGGACUUAAGAUCAAACUCUCUCAGCGACAACGCCAGAAACUUGUGUCUCCGAAGACUGACGUCAUGAAGCAGUCCAUGCACAGAACGACGCGGACACUGGUCAGCGUAUCCAUAGUUUUUGCAAUCCUCUACGGCUACGGAUUUGUGACUCUCCUUGCUGUGCCAAUUGAAGCCAGCAACGACCUGCUCGGAAUUAUUUUAAGGCAAAGCCGCUUUUCAGCAACAUACCUUAACAGUGGAAUCAAUUUCGUCAUUUACGUCGCAAUGAACAGUAAGUUCAGGAAGAGCUUCCUGGAAAGUUUAUCGUGGCUGCGCAUGUGCAGAUAA